AUGGAUUCCCAGUGGCAGUCUUACGGGGAUCAUUCGUCGGGUCACCCAGGUCAUCAUGAUACCUCGACAAGUCAGAAUCCCUAUCGAAUGAGCACAAAGUAUAAUGGUCAGCAGCAAGCUCAGGCGCCUGCGGGAUAUACUUAUGAGAGCUACCAGUCUCCAAUAGCCGCUGCGCAAGCCUCAAGUGGAGGCUCCAGCUCCAAGCCUGUAUCGAUGGCUUCGUCCCCAGCGGCCACGCCUCAUACUCGUGACUACUUUACUGAUGUCGAUACGCCAAUGGAGGACGCUGAUCCUUACAAUCGUGCUAAGUAUUCUUCUAGAGCAAAUCACAAUACACGUCCGUCAUCGCAGUACAUGCCGACCGAAGAGUCAACUGCGGCGCGUCGAUACUCACCGAUGAAUAUCUUGUCGCCAACUCUGCCAUACUCGUCCAGUCCUACCAAAUCAAGUCAAAAUCCAUUCACAGCACCUCCUUCCGGUCCAAAUAGUUCUCGCCAGUCUCCUACCAGAGCCAGUGUUUAUGCGUCACCCCCGCAAGGGUAUCAAUCUCCACCAGGCUCACGGGCUCCUCGAUUGCCUGUCCUACAGUCGACGGAUAUGAGUCCAGAGCAAUAUUUCCCCUCAUCAGCUACGUCACAAUUGAGUGCCCCGUUCGGCUCUGACUUGAAGUCACCACCCACAAACCAAUCUACCAACCACAAACAAGUUCCUGGUCGGGGGCCGAUACCCAAAUUUUCUAGCAUCAAGUCGAUGCAGGAGCUCAAACCAAGGAUUAAUACGCAGCCAGCUUUUCGAAGGGCCAAUCCUGAAGGGGGUUUCAUCAGUCCACUGCAAGCACUCACAACCCACCUACCGGCUACGUAUCGCAUAUGCAAUCCGACAUUUAAAUACGAAUCUUCGCGCAAUCCACGCCGUGUCCUUACAAAGCCCAGCAAAGGGGUCAAGAAUGAUGGGUUUGAUAAUGAAGAUAGUGAUUAUAUUUUAUAUGUCAAUGAUAUCCUGGGUAGUGAAGACGGAGGUCACAACAACCGAUACCUUAUUCUUGAUGUUCUGGGUCAAGGUACUUUCGGACAAGUGGUGAAGUGUCAGAAUCUCAAAACACAGGAAGUUGUGGCCGUAAAGGUGGUAAAGAACAAAACGGCCUACUUCAAUCAGAGUAUGAUGGAGGUGUCCGUACUGGACCUGCUCAACAAGAAGUAUGACAAGAACGAUGAUCACCAUCUCCUUCGACUCAAGGAUACUUUUCUUCAUCGGCAACAUCUAUGCUUGGUCUUUGAAUUGUUGAGUGUGAAUCUGUACGAACUUAUUAAGCAAAACCAGUUCCGCGGACUGAGUACAACACUGGUGCGAGUAUUUGCACAACAAUUACUCAAUGGACUUAGUCUUCUCAACAAGGCUCGAUUGAUUCAUUGUGAUCUAAAACCGGAAAAUAUCUUGCUGAAAAAUCUAGAAAGUCCCAUCAUCAAAAUAAUUGACUUCGGUUCCGCUUGUGAUGAACGGCAGACGGUAUACACUUAUAUUCAGUCACGAUUCUAUCGCUCUCCGGAAGUCCUUUUGGGAUUGCCGUAUUCAUCGGCUAUUGAUAUGUGGUCUUUGGGCUGUAUCGUGGUUGAGCUGUUUCUAGGUCUACCUCUCUUCCCAGGUUCGUCCGAAUACAAUCAAGUAGCCCGCAUUACAGAGAUGCUAGGACUGCCUCCCACAUGGAUGCUGGAGAUGGGCAAGCAGUCAGGAGAGUUUUUCGAAAAGACACAAGAUGAGUUUGGUCGGAAAACGUGGCGACUCAAGAGUAUGGAACAGUACUCUCGCGAGCACAACACCAAGGAACAACCUAGCAAGAAGUACUUCCAGGCAAACACGCUAGAGGAAAUCAUUCGCAGCUAUGCGAUGCCGAGGAAAAACAUGAAGCAAUCAGAAAUUGAAAGAGAGGUCAAUAACCGUGUUGCAUUUAUCGAUUUCGUGCGCGGCCUUCUUCAAAUCAAUCCUCUGGAGCGAUGGUCCCCCCAACAGGCUAAACUGCAUCCCUUCAUCACCCAGCAGAAAUUCACCGGCCCGUUUGUACCUCCAAUGAACUUGAAGUUCUCAGCACUCAACAAGAGUAUCGCUCCCGGCAUACAGCAACAGCAACAAGCAGAAGCUGCGAGCAAACAGAGAGCGGCACAGGCGGCUCAAGCAGCUCAGGCUCAGGCCCAAUCUGCAGCACAGUCGGCCUAUGCCAUGCAGAUGGGUCAAUAUCAUUCGCCGUCCCAUAAUCAAGCACCACCUGUGUACAACGGAAUGUACCCUGCUCACCAACAGGGCGCACCACCACCCUAUCCUGCUCAGCCACCGGGUUAUGGACACCAAAUGGGCAUGAUGCAGGGACAAAUGCAACCACAGUAUCCACCUUCGCAAAGUCUCUACGCACAGGCAACGACAAGGGCUGGGAGACAACGAGCAACUACUCUCGAUCCGCAACAAGGGGGCAUACCGCCUACUAUACAGCGUGUGGCCAGUCAUCUUGAUCCCAAUGCGCCAAUCAGACUCCAGCCGAGUCCCGCAUACUAUCCUCCACCUCCAGAUGGCUAUGCUGAUACCGCUGCAAAUUCACGGCGUCGUGGAAGCCGAGCAGGUGCUGGUCAUCGCAACAGGGACUUUAUUCGCACUCUUGAAGACGGUGCUCUCGGCGAUGGCUUCAUGGGGCAAAAUCAAUGGCAUUAGUUGGUUUAUCUAUUACCCCAGCUUGUGUUGGGGUACAGGUCUAUAGGCAUAGUUCGUGGUCUAAACGGGUAUAGUACCAAGGAAAGGUUUCGUCUUGACAUCCGAAAUUAUAAGCUCCUGUUUGGGCAUGGUACAACGAGGGGAAUGAACUUUGUCAUACAUCUGAUUCUGUCGAUCCACCUACGCUAGCUGUCUGCUUUAUGGGUCUGUGUUUUCUUUUGGGAAAUCAUUUACCUUCGACAUGAUACUUAGGCUCCCGUCACCGGUCCACAUGAAGGCCGUAUAAUGCCACCUUGAUCUUGUUCACGCGCCCGUACAAUCUUCGAAGAGCGAUGGACGCCUGAGAAGUCAAUGGUGAUAUUGGAGCCACAACUAAUGCCGAAAGCACAAGUCGGCACGCCUCCUGGUUGUUGCUUCCGUCACUCGCGGAAGACUCAAUAUCAUUAGGCAUUUAUGAGUUGUUUUGGCAUAGCGCCGGCGCAAAUUUUUGGGAAGACUGUUUUGUUAUUCCUACGCAUUGAUGUUUUCAAUUGCGAUAACCAUCAACUCUUAACGUUUUUGAUGAUAGCUUUGCUCUUUUUCAUGGCUGUACGAAGGUCGCGAAAAAAAAACGAUUGAGAACGCGUUAUAAGUAUAUAGUCUGUUUUAUGUUAUAGUUCCUGUAGUUGUAUACAGAAUAGCAAGCCAAAUAUACCUUACUUACCUGCC